AUGAAGGGUGUGAUGCGUUUUGGGAAGAAAGGUAAGUUGAGCCCAUGGUACAUAGGACCUUUCGAGAUCAUUGAAAGAAUAGGAAAGGUAGCUUACCGACUAGCUCUGUCGCCAUAUUUGGCUUCAGUGCACAGCGUGUUUCAUGUAGCAAUGCUCCGGAAGUACAUCUCGGAUCCAUCACACGUGUUACAGUAUGAACCUAUCCAGGUCCAUGAAGAUUUGUCCUAUGAGGAACAACCAGUUCAGAUUCUAGCCAGAGAGGAAAGGAAACUCAGAAGUCGUAGUAUUCCAAUGGUUAAAGUUCAGUGGAAAAACCACCAUGUCGCAAAAGCCACUUAA